AUGUCCGAAUCAAUGCUCCUUCCCAAAAGUAGGUCUGAGCCGGACCUUCUCGGAGAGCAUGCGAUCAUGGAAACGGCCGAUAGUGUGGAGGAAAUGUUGAAGGACCACAAUGACAUGCGCACACCGUCCUAUCCGAAUGAACUUGCACGGACAGCAUCCUAUUCGUCUGGGAGCAGCAAUUCGUAUCAAGAAGAUUGGGAGUUCCCUCCGCUGGACAAAUUGACGGUGCUUGACAUCCUCGGCAACCUGGCGCUUCCCCAAAAGCUUGAGAAAUGGCAAAACACGUUGACCGCGCAAAAAGCAAAGGUCAAAAAACAGCAAGAGAGGUUCAAAUCCACGAGUUUGCAGGCCAAGGAACGAGUGGUGGGUGAGUGGCGCAAGAGAAUGCCCACCUCAGAAGAGCAACUCGACAAGUAUCGAAGACGGAUGAAAGACUCCGUUGAACGACUUGGUGCUCGAUGGAACGAUACUGCGACUGUGACCGCCCGUGAAAAGCUGUCCUUUAUUGCUGGCGUCCUCAAUAUUUUUAUCAGCGGUUACCUCAUUGGGGCAUAUCCAACUUAUUUUCACUAUUGGUUCGCUGGUCAGCUCCUCUAUUUCAUGCCCAUCCGUUUCUACACCUAUCAUAGGAAAGGAUACCACUAUUUCUUGGCCGACCUCUGCUAUUUUGUCAAUUUAUUGACGGUCCUGAGUUUGUGGGUAUUUCCACGCUCCAAGAGAUUGUUUCUGAGUACAUAUUGCCUGGCCUACGGCAACAACGCAGUUGCUAUUGCAAUGUGGAGAAAUUCCAUGGUCUUUCACAGUCUAGAUAAAGUCACUAGCUUGUUCAUCCACAUCAUGCCGCCUGUGACCCUCCAUUGCAUUGUGCACUUGACACCGCCUGAUGUGCUGUUGAAACGCUUCCCGGCUGCGUAUAACAUCAAGUUCAGUUCGCCAGGCUCACCAGGGCAUUACUCACUCGGGGCAAUGAUGCUUUGGGCUUCUAUUCCAUACGCAGUAUGGCAACUCUCGUACCACUUUCUUAUCACUGUCCGGCGUCGGGAGAAAAUUGCGGCCGGUCGACCGACCAGUUUUACAUGGCUCCGUCGAUCGUACGCCAAAACCUUUAUUGGGAAAUUGGUUCUCAGCUUGCCGGUACCCCUACAGGAACCUGCAUUCAUGCUCAUCCAGUAUAGUUAUGCUCUUUUGACUCUAAUCCCCUGCCCUCUGUGGUUCUGGUACCAGUGGGCCAGUGGGGCGUUCCUUUUUGUCGUGUUUUCGUGGAGUAUCUACAACGGGGCGACCUAUUACAUCGAUGUCUUUGGAAAGCGAUUCCAGAAUGAGUUGGAGCAGCUGAGGAAAGAUGUUACCAAGUGGCAACCGUCUGCCGACGGUGCGUUGACUCCGGACGCCAACGGCAGCGUAACGAAGAGCCUUGAUGACCUGGUUGUGGGAACGUCAGACAAAGCGAAUGACCAAGCUGCUGAUAUGUUGCCAAGACUAAACGGGCAGCUUGCUGCUGCCUCUGACAACACGGGGGUUUCGACAGGAAUUGUAAAAUCUUAG